UAAGUAUUUAGUCACAGCUCGUGAAACAAGCAACUAAUUUUUGUUUUAAUUUUUAUGUCUUUUAGUUUGGAAUUCAGUAAUAAAUUUUGUACAUGUGAUUUUAAAUUGAUUCAAAAGAUUUUUAAACUAAAAUUAGUAAAAUGGGCGAUAGCGAGAUUUUAUUAGCUCAAAAAAGCUUUCUUAAAGGACCCGUGACCAACAAUGGGUUUGUAAACUUCAUGCGAGAUUAUACAGCAGGAUCGCGCGGGCUUGAUGUACCCGAUGUUAUAAAGGGAGGCAAGUUAUGGAACCGGCUGCCCUUAUCUGAGCGAAAGAAAUAUCGUUUCGCUGAGGAAGAUUACGAUGAAGACGAUGACGAUGCAAAAGAUGGCGAAUGUGAAACCGAUGAUGGCGAUAUGGAAGAUGACAUGGAUGACGACAUGGAUGGAAAUGCGGAUGAAGAUGCGGAUGACGUGGAUGAAAUGGAUGAUGAGGAAGUGGUGAAAGACGUCGAUGAAAAGGAUAAGGAUGACAUGGAUGACAUGGAUGACGCGUGUCGACGACCGAACCCAUGCUGCCCUAAACCGAAGCCCAGCUGUAAGCCCCGUCGACGUCGUCCAAAGCCUUGCUCUCCCAAGCCGAAACCAUGCUGCCCCAAACCAAAGCCAAGCUGUAAGCGUCGACGUCGUCCAAAGCGAAGCUGCCCAAAGCCGAAGCCAAGCUGCUCAAAGCCGAAGCGUAGCUGCCCAAAGCCGAAGCGAUGCUGCCCAAAGCCAAAGCCACGCUGUCCGAAGCCUUGCCCGAAAAAGAUGAAAUGCCAAAAGCCAGGCCCAGUAACUAAUAAUGGGUACUUAAACUUUUUGCGGGCCUAUCGACGCAAACACUGUGGACUCAAACCCAAAGAUUUGGUCAUGAAGGCUGCACGAGCAUGGUGUAGACUAUCCGAAUGCCAAAAGGAUUACUAUCGUCGUCAGUCAUCCCUAGGCUUGCAAGGUGACGACCAGCUGUCGUCACAAGCGGCGUAGAGUGUGCGCUAAAUGAAGCUGCCCUCUACUCGAAAUCAAGCAGAUGAUCUCAACUAUGCCAUCCGUCAAAUGUGUUCCAUGUCCUAGUCUAUGAGGGUGCCCUUCACUGCACAUUUGUACGAUGCCGUCUCUUCUAUGUGCUGCAUGUUGU